AUGUUUCCAUCCGCUCGCUCCACAGCCAUUGCGCUGUUGGCACUGGCUGCGCCUUCUCUCGCUCAAGUUCCAUCUGAGCCUGCGGGCCUCAAAGUGCUCGAGUCGCGCUUCGGAGAUGGUGUGAAGAUUACUUACAAAGAGAACAAGCUUUGUGAGACUACACCAGACGUCAAAUCAUAUUCCGGUUAUGUCUACCUACCCCCCGGAACCGCGGACUUGGGUCAGGGACAGGAUUAUCCUAUCAACACCUUCUUUUGGUUUUUUGAAGCCCGUGACGAUCCGGCCAAUGCACCACUUACAAUCUGGUUGAACGGUGGACCGGGUUCUUCUUCUAUGUAUGGGUUGCUCGAGGAAAAUGGGCCGUGCUACGCAAACCCAGACUCGAACUCAACGAGACCAGCUGAGUGGAGCUGGAACAGAGCAUCGAACAUGCUCUAUCUCGAUCAACCAGUGCAGGUUGGCUUUUCAUACGACACUUUAGCAAAUGUCACCAGAAACCUUGCCACAGGACAGGUCACGGUGCUGAAUGACACCACGCCUCUCCCUGAGCAAAACACUACUUUUCUUACAGGCACCUACCCUAGCCGUAACCCCAACACCACAUUUUUCGGUAGCGUCAAUGGCGCCGUGGCAGCGUGGGAGUUUGCCCAGGCUUGGUUCCAAGAGUUUCCUCACAUUGUGCCCAAUGACACUCGCAUUAGUCUCGCAGCUCAGUCGUACGGCGGACGCUAUGGACCCGCUAUGAUGGCUUUCUGGGAGGAACAAAACCAGAAGAUUGAGAAUGGCACUCUCAAGGAAGGCUACGUUAUGCACUUGGAUACCCUGCUUCUUAUUUCCGGCUGCAUUGACCGCUAUAUCCAAUUUCCCUACUACCCUCAACAAGCUUACAAAGGCAACGGGUAUGGAUUUGAAGCUGUCAAUGAGACAAUCUACAAUGGCAUGGUUGCCGCUGUGCCAGAGUGUCUAGAGAGGAUUCAAAACUGCCGCGACGCCGCUGCUGUGUCUGAUCCGGAAAACCUGGGCAUCGACGCUGGUGUCAAUCGCAUUUGUGAGGGUGCAGAAACCUUUUGCCGUAACAACAUCGGCUAUCUGAACCGCGAGUGGGUCCAGGCGGAGCUCGGUGUGCCUCUCAAUUGGACAGGUAGCUCCCCACAGUCUUCAACAGCUUACCGUUCCAUUGGUGACUACCCGCGUGAUGGAUGGGUUGAAGAUCUCGGCUUCCUUCUCGACAAUGGGAUCAAGGUAUCACUAGUGUACGGAGAUCUCGACUUUGCUUGCCCCUGGGGCGGUGGCGAUGCCGUGGCCAAAGCAAUCAACUGGACAGGGUCCGCCGGGUAUGCAUCUGCACAAUACGCCGAGAUCCAGACGAACGACUCAUAUGUCGGCGGUCUCGUCCGCCAGUACGGAAACUUGAGUUACAUCCGCACCUACCAAGCCGGUCACGCCAUUCCUGCUUACCAGCCCGAGACGGCUUUCAAGAUCUUCACGCGUGCCCUGUUCAACCUUGAUAUUGCUACCGGUACCGAGUCGACUGCCGGUACGGAUGAAGAGAGCACGUACAUAAGCACGGGACGGCCGGAUCCAAAUGUGCAGUUUGAGGCGUACACAUCCGAAAGGCUGACGUUUUGCUACACUUGGGAUCUCGGCUCCUGCACUGAGGAUCAAGUUGAUGCCGUGCUGGACGGAUCCGCCGAGAUUUGCCAGUACCUGGUCGUGGAUGCAAACUCGACGCAAUUGUUUCCCGAGGUGAUUGCUGAAUGCCGCGGUGGCAACGCUAGUAUCUCUGGUAUUCAUUAUUAA